AUGGCGUCGAGCGCACACGAACUGCCCGCGUUCCGCCUGAAACGAUACCUGGACCUCGACGAACGUGUCGAUGCUGCCCGGUCCUUUAGACUCAAAACCAGAUCCCGCAUCGCCAGAUCCAUGCGUGUGGCCGGAGCGUCGUCGCUCAACGUGUCGUCACACAAGCUUGUCACACCGUCCAUGAGCUCAGUGCUGUCCCAGCUCAAAUCCCAGCGUUUGGCCAGUUUCCCACACUUGUCCUCGUCCCACGACCACCACGACGACGGCUGCAGCGUAGCCACGCUGUCGCUGGACGAACACAGCGACCUCGAAAACCGGCUCAGCAGCGUCGACUCGGCCCGGUCGGUCUCCACAACAUCGUCUCUCGAGUCCGUUGCGUCAGACCGUUCCUCGUGGACUGCCACCAAGGCCCACAACCAUCCUCUCGAAACAGCGAUCAUCACGCCCACCGCCACUCUGCCUCGACUGAAACUCGUCAACCCACAGGAUCUCGACUUGGCCGACCACGCGUUCUCAUUCAACUCGCUGCAACUUUGUGAGCCCGUUUACCAACGACCAAAGGCCACCAAUCGUCCCUCGCAUUGGCCCCGUCGUCGCACCUCCGUGGACCUCACCAUCGACACAGACACCAACAUCGGCACCGCCCAGUAUCUAGACACAACUGUUGCGUCAGCUUCUCAAUCGCGGCGUCGCCGUUCCUCGUCGUGUCUUCUGUACGACUCCGACGUCGUCGAACUCGAAAACUGGCCACGAAACCAUCAACGGCAGGAGCCCCGUUCACAGACUCAUCCUGUCUCUACCACGCACACCGCACCUGUGCCCAACCGUCGCAUACGUCAACAAACCUUCAACCCACACUUCCUCAAGCUGUAUGCUUGGGAAACUGCAUCCAAGACCCAGAAUCUGAUUCCGGACCUCAACGUUGACGAACAAGUGUUGCGCCGACUGAGCUACCGCGACAUCUGGAACCUGGAGGUCCCACCUACCUCUCAAGCUCGCGGCGUCAGCGCCCACGACAUCAAGCUCGCCCUCAUAACUCGCAAAAAACUGUGGUCAGACAUGAUGUGCGAGCCUCGACACGACCUGCAUGGCGACCAUGCGCCCUGGAAUCUGCGAUUCGUGGUUUCUCCCGAGCAAGAGACGUCUUCCAACCCAAUCACAACGUCUCUGGUGCGUGUCAACUCCGAUAUAAAGCCUUGGAUGGGACCCACAUCCAAUCUGAUGCUGAGGCCCUCAGGAAAAAUACCAUUGACGCGCGCCAGCUCUGGCAGACCGCUUCGCGAAUUGCACUACGUGGUAAAAGGCUGGUGCGAUGCGCGUUUCGUAUCCAGUUGA